CCUUGCUCUGAACUACUGUAUCUCUGCCUCGCCAUCUCAUUCCCACUGUUCCCCUACCGUGCACCUUCCCUCUGUGCACCCUUGCGAAGCGGACUCGAUGGUGAAACGUAGCGGACCGUCUCGCGCUGGUGUUAUGGACAAUGUGAACAAGUCACCCGGACAAGGUCGAGGAGGGCCUCCGAGGAAGAAGCGCAAGACCACCGCGGAGGAGCUCAAAUCUGACGGGACGUCGGGACGUCGCCCAAAGAAGAGGAAGGCCAGCGACGAGAGCAGCCAGGAGUCCCAAGAGAGCACGCAUGGCACGCAGGCCAUACACAGCGAGGUCGCGGCGUGCAAGUGGACCCAUAACGAGCUCUAUAGUUACAACAUCAUAAUCGAAGCCAUCUCGGAGGUCGAAUUUUUUGGAGACAACCAGAACUUCGACUGGAAGGUCGACCUCGACCCGCUCCCUCCUCUCACAUGAUACUACCGACAAGGAGCUUCCCGAAUCAGCAGACGUGGCCACGAAGCGCUUCUUCACACGACUCCAACUUGCGACCUUCCGUACCGAGGAGAGCGCCGUUGACGACUUCAUGACAACUGUCUUCGAGACGCUGGGCUACGACACAUAUCCGAAAGGGGCUGCUGUCAUGCGCCAAUGGACCAUCAAGCUCAAUAUCAGCGGGACGAUGAAAACAGUGACGCCCGAUAUCGUGCUCAUCAGGGCACAGGAUCGCAUCAUCUGUUUGGUCUGCGAGGACAAGCGGGAAGAUCAACCGAAGGAUCCGCAAGCUCAGGUCAUCGCCGAAGCCAUCGCCGCUUUCCAGUGCAACAACGAACAACGGCUGGAGAGCGGGUUGAAGAAGCUCAAACAGUGGACGGUGCCGUGUAUCACUAUCAAGGGGACCGAACCGGCACUCUACAUGGUUCCAGUGACGAAGGAGCUCAAUGUUGCCGUGAUGCAAGGUCAAUACCCCAAUCACGUGACGAGAGUGAAGAGCUGCAUCAUGCCCUGGAACGAGCCCAAGUCUCGUCUGGGCAGGACCGACAUGACGCACGUGGCAUUCCGGCGCGAAGCCCUGCGCAUGCUAGUCUGCUUCAAGAACCUCGUUCGCAUGCAGGCCAAGAUCAUCAAUGAGAAGGCUGCCAAGAAUAACAUCGACGACGAACCUUAAGCGGUCACAAGAACGAGGCUACUGCGCUCUCUACGACUACUAGACUACGACUCAUUGCCACGACUACUUGGACCGACGUGACCACCAUGACGGCUCUUGCUUUUCUUUCCUAUGACUGAUUCCUAUGCUCCCGACGCACACGCGACCACAGUCGUAUCCCCCGAUGCUCCCUCAGACUGCCCGACCACCUCUCACGUUGCUCCCUCAGGCCGAACGACCCUCGCUAACACAGCUGCUCUCGUAUCGACACCACAACUUGCAUUCGCUUCCUACCCA